GGUGGCUGCCGGUGUGAGGCUCCAGCCCCUUCCCAGGAGUCUCUCAGGGCCCACCCUCCGUGGACGCAGAAAAGCGAACAGAAAGGAGAAGCAGGAGCCCAAGCACCCCUGGGCCACCUUGGCUCCACCACCUACUGUUUUACAGUGAAGUUUCGGCCGCCUGGGUCAUUUGAUCACCGCCACCAUGAGUCUGGGCAUCAUGGAGGAAGAAGAUCUGGCGGAGUACUUCCGGCUGCAGUAUGGGGAGCGGCUGCUGCAACUGCUUCAAAAGUUUCCCCACAUUGAGGAGCAGUCAGAGUCUCCAUCUAUCAAGCUACUGGAGAAGAAGAAAGAGGCCAAGAUCAUGCACCAGGCCAUGUUGCAGAAGAAGGAGACAUUUCAACAUAGAAUGGAAACUCUGAGCCUGCGCUGGGAGGAACUGGGCAUCAAGGAGGCUCAGCUGAAGGCCCACAUGCAGAAGUUCGAACAGUUCAUCCAGGAGAAUGAUCAGAAACGGAUCCGCGCCCUGAAGAAAGCUACUAAGGAGAGAGAACUUAAGAGGCAGCGCAUGCGAGAGCUGGCCAAGGCCAAGCAGGAGAUGGCGGCCCUGCGGCUACAGCACCAGCGGCUGAGCAGCAAGCUACAGGACUACUCCAUCUUCAACAAGUACCUGGAGAAGGUGGUGGAGAACUCAGAAUUUGAAGAGAUCCACGAGGUGAUGGCACGCUACAAGACGCUGGUGAGCAUGCACGAUGACCUCAUGCAGUCGGCACAGGAGGGCCAGGAGAAGAUCGAGCGUGCCAAGGCGCGGCUGGCACGCUACAUGGAGGAGAAGGAUGACGAGAUCCUGCAGCACAACAAUGAGCUGGCGCGCCUGCAGAUGCGCUUCGACCGUGCGCGCAGUGAUGUCAUUGUCUGGGAAUCUCGCUGGGCACACAUCCAGAACACCGCAGCCAAGAAGACCCUCUUGCUUGGCACCAUUAAGAUGGCAACACUGAACCUCUUCCAGACUGUGAGCAAGCAGCUGAAGGAAUCAUCCUUUGUAUCCCUGGAGGACACCCACAAACAGCUGGACAUGAUCCAACAGUUCAUCCAGGACCUGUCGGACAUCUGGGCAGAGGUCAGGAAGAAGGACCAACAGCAGGUCCGGGUGUAAGGAGCAGCCAUGAACAGAGACAGAGAAAGAACGAGUUCCCGGCGAGCCUACAGCCCAGCCACUGCAGGCCCGCUCUCUGGGGCCCCGGUGCCUUUUCUGCUGGUGGACACCCUGCUGUACCUCCCCUUGGGCCUCAGUCCAUCCCACCCCUGAAAGCAU